GGGGCAGGCCGUGAACUAUCUUGAGUGAGUCGGACAUCUUUGACGUGACGUUUCAGGAAAUGCGUGACAGACCGCGGAAGAGAAAACACUGGAUACAGGCUGGUCUGUAAUAUAACGACUCUGGUCAGAAAGUAGUAUUUUAUUUCCUGUAUAUUUCAAGGGCUUUGUAUGCAGUUUCGGGACCCUUAUUGUAAUGUUUUACGCGCAGUCUCUCCAAUAACAACAACAACGCUCUCUAGCAUCAAGAGAAAUAUUGAAUCAGGGGAAUGGGACAGGUUGAGCAGAUAAUCAUCUAACUCACAAAUCUCUGUGCCGCUCCAAAUACAAUCGCUAUUUUUUUAUAUAUAUAUUUUUUUGUGGUAAUUGACACAUUUGCGCUGUUGUUGUUUUUAUUGUUUUCCGGCUGCUAGUGUAAAAGCCCCCGGGCAUCCCGCGGCUCUGCUUGUGAUGGCGUGGCAUUAGCUGCUUCUUUGUUUGUGCAGUACGCUGCGAGCAGUGUAAAUGUUCACAAAACGCGGAUGUUCCCCUGCCCUCGCCGUUCAAGUCAUCCCGAGGAACCCGAGGAGGAUAAACGCCCUGUAGCCCUUUGCCAGGAGCCGGAGGCGGCCAGCUGAUAUCUCCUGAUAAACUCCUUGCCAAGGCGGUGCGGCCGAUCAUGGAAGAUGAGGUGCUGGAGCAGAUGUUGUCCGUGUUUAACUCGCUGGUGUCGUGGAUCGCUGCUGGUGCCAUGGUGUUCGGUGGGGUGGUGCCCUACAUCCCCCAGUACAGGGACAUCCGCCGGACCCAGAACGCAGAGGGCUUCUCCACCUACGUGUGCCUGGUCCUGCUAGUGGCCAACAUCCUCCGGAUACUGUUUAGAUUUGGCCGCUACUUCGAGACACUGCUGCUGUGGCAGAGCAUCAUCAUGAUUUGCACCAUGCUCACCAUGCUGAACCUGUGCACCGGCGUCCGCAUGGCCACUGAACUCAACACCAAGAGACGCUCCUUCAUAGCAACAGACAGUAAGGACGAGGAGGUCAGAAUCCCUAAGAGGCACUUUCUGGACUUUGACUGGACCUACUUCUGGUCAUGGAGUCGCUUCGUGGACUACUUGCAGUGUGUGCUGGCCUUCACACUGGUCUCGGCCUACAUCACCUACCUCCUCCUGGACUCUGCGCUGUUCGUGGAGACCCUGGGCUUCCUAGCUGUCUUCUCCGAAGCGAUGCUCGGCACACCGCAGCUCUACUGCAAUUAUCAGAACAAGUCAACAGAGGGCAUGAGUAUCAAGAUGGUUCUGAUGUGGACCAGCGGUGACACCUUUAAAACGGGCUACUUCCUGGUCACCCAGGCUCCUGUGCAGUUCUGGACAUGCGGGCUGCUGCAGGUCUUCGUGGACAUCACCAUCCUGUUCCAGGUUUACUACUACAGCCGCUACCCGCAGAAACCGGUGUCCCACACCGUCUCCCACACCACCAGUGCCAAAGCCCUCUGAGAGCCUCUACAUUGAAGCAGCAGCGAGGAAGCACUUUUUGGAGGGACUGCGGAAAUGUAUAAACAUACAGGAGUACCAAAGCACCUUGAGACGAUGCAGGCUUCUCACCUUCACCCCCGUGUAUACACCAAGGCACAUACACAUUCAUAAAUAAGGGAUAAACACGCACAGACACCUGGGGGGUGUUGUGCCGGCAGCGGUCGCCGAAGGACAGUUGUUACACAGAAACUCAUGCUUUUUGAUUUAUUCAAUAUCCUCCUGAUGUCUCAAUGCGGCAGGAUGCAUGCAGACGUCUCAGAGAAUAUACCGUUGACUCAACCUGUGCAUGGGGAGCAUAUUAUGCACACACACUAACUCGCAGUACAUGUAAACUGCAACUGUAUACACUGAAAUCUGCGCUCAAGGAAAUGUGGACGCACCGUUGUCGUCCACAUACAGUGAUGAAUGUUGCAUGGACCCUCUGCCUUAACACAGACACGCGUCUGAACACUGCUUGCUGCAUUACCAGCAAUAUAAAUGUCCUGAAUCUUAACCUGCAACAUUACUGAAUGUACAAAAUGGCAUUUCGGUGUUUUAUUGUGCACCCAACAUGAUAUGCUGGUCAGUCCACCAGCUGUUGGACAGACGGUCACCACAUGCUCUGACACUCAUUGUUGUGGGAUUAAAGUAAGAAAACAGAGGCAAUCAGAGUGUACCAAAGGAAGAAAGGGCCCCAAGGUUUGAAGAUGCAGUCCACUGGCUUCUAAAAAAAAAAAAAAUGGUCAUAAACAUUAGUGGCCUUGAAUAGAAAAUGCAAACAUUUUUGUACUAAAGCUGUUGAUGACAUUUUGUAUGUUCUGCUUCAGAGUUUUUAUUCCACAAAUUCUCCAUGUGCUGAUUUGAGAAAAACCUUGCUGAGAGUUUAUUUAUUCUCUCCAUAAACUCACAGGGGUAGCUCCUGCUGAGCUCUGUCAUCGCACCAGAGUCUGUGCUGUUCCACAAACACAACAGAGACACGUGCUUGUUGUGUAGUUUGUUCGCUGUCCUCUGUACAGUCCACGCAUUUCUGCCCGGAGCUGGUGAUCAAAUGUGGUGAUAGUAACCCCAAGCGAAUAAAUGAAUUAAUGAAUUAUCUUGACUGUCAUUCCGGAAGGAUACAUCUUGUUGAUGAAGACCGAAUUUAUACCACGUGUCAUAACUGAAAUGAUUUAGAAAGGUUACACGCUUCUGGUUUUGUUAGUACUUUGUGAUACAUUUGUGCAGUAUUGGCAGAAUAAUAAGAAUGACUGUUAUUUUUACCUGGGAGAGCUCGUGUAGUAUUCUGAGGUCUCAUGAUGGCCUUGCAGUCAUCACAAUAUAGUCUAUAUAAGAUUUUUUUGGAGGCCUUCGCGCUCCAGCUCUUUUUAUUAUUACAUUUCUUGAGGGUGCUGUUUAUGUGGUUUGUUUAUGGAAAGCUGGAGAUAUUUGGGUCCGAGUGUUCAUAAUUCCUAAUAUCUCAGCCCCAGGUGAUUUAUAAUGAAUCAAGGCUCAUGUAAAUGAGCGACAUAAAUUGUUAUUCUGCUUGUAAUUAUCAUAAAUAUGGGUACUGCACCACCAUACCCUCCAUCCACGGAACAAAGUGAAGCCAAACUAUUGCAGAAAUGGGCGCCGCCAUCUUGUUAAGGUUAGGGCUAAGGGGUGACAGUCAGGUACCAUGGCUCCGCCUCCUACCCUAAACUAAUGUGAACACAGAGCCUCAAUUGGAGCCUACGUGGGAGACCUAUACAGUUGUAAGCUUGCUCUAUUUGUGCGCGGAGUUGAGGCUAAUUCAUGCUACAGCCACUGAGGGACGUGGAUGAUGAAGUGCUUUGUGACCAGUCACAACUGUGCGCUCUGUGCCGAUGCAACGUCUACUUACAUUUCUAGAGAGGUGCAUGAUUGCCAAUAGAUUUUUUUUUGCUAGCGUUCUCUGUUCACUCGCUGUAUGCUCACUGUACUGUAUGCUGCUGGUUAAAACUAUUCAACUAGAAACACGUAGUAACAGCUAGUUGUCUAGACUGGUUAGCUUUUUCCAAAAGGCUGCUUGUGCACUUGCCGGCCACAGCAUUAGCAAAGGUCAAUCAGGCGUUUAUUUAUUACGGGACAAAUCAUUGUACUGCUUGGAGUGGGAAAUUAUAAAUCACAUGGUCAAAUCAAACAGAAGUCCUCAGGCUUGUUUUUGUAAGUCCUUUUAGCCAUAAUAUCGUUGUCAUAUGCAAGUUAAUAGCUGAGAUUGUGAGUACGGUGUUCGGUAUUAUUAUUGAACAUGAGGACCAAAGCACAAUUUGUAAUGAACUGGAAUUAUUCCUUAAUGAAGUGAACUGUAUAUAGAGGGAUCAGUGAAAACCAUACAUUUGCAGCCGCCACGUGGGCAAAUCCAUUAGCAUCCUUUAAUAUCCCCGCUCAGGACUCCACAUCAGUGUGUGGCCAGGUUGUACGCCAUCUGUGUUUUUUCAUAAGAAAUUAAUUUCCUGUUCGGGGACAGAAUCAGCCUCGUAACGCAGUGAGGGUUUUUCUUUGUUGUUUUGUAAUUUCUCCCUGGGGAGAGGAGGGAACGCCAAACCAGUAGGCCUGUCAGCCCCGCAGUGAACUGUGCGCCAGAGAAGACCUAAUUCUGUCCUCCUCUUCGAAGCCUCGUGAAGCGGGAGAGUUUCCUUUUGUACCUCUGGGACGUGGCAGAUAGUUUCCUCUGAGUUAGUUUCUUCUAAAUAUUAAAGACAUGGGAAGAGAGACCUUGGUAUCUCAGUAGCUGAGGUUACCUUUUUUUGUGUGUUUACAUCUUUUAGCUACCCUAUUUAUUUUAUCCUUUUUAAGGUGUAAGGUAUUGUACAUUUGUUCUUUAUCCUGACGGUGGUGAGUGUGACUGUGAUGCGGGUAUUAAUGUGAGAUACCUUCUCCAGCUUCUUGUUGAGCUUAACCAGAUCAAGUUGACUGCUUUAUUUUUUAAUUCUAGUAUUUUACUUAAUGCAUUGUAUCAUUUAGUUUUUCAUGUGAAGGUGUUUUCCCAUAGAAAUAUCCAAGUUUUGUAUCGCCUUGUUUGUGAAACUCAUACCUAGUUACUCGAUGUACCAAAAUCACCAUUAUUGAUUAUUAUUUUUUUUACAUGUUUUUUGUUUUUCUAUUAUUGACUGUAACUCACAAGACUUGAGGCUGUGGGAAUGCUCAGUAUUGUUGAGAAUCUAACGUGGCAUUUUCACCCAAUAAAGAAGACACGGAGA